AUGUAAUUAUAAACCUCUAUUGUUAAAAUUGGGAUUUUAACUAUUAACAUUUAAAAGGGGAAUAUUACUGACCAAGAGGAUCUUGAUGCAUUAGUACUUCCAACAAAUCCAUUGUUAUUAAGAGAGCCAGGAAUUUCUGCAGAAAUUUUUAAGAAAUGUGGUUCAGAUAAUUUAGAGAAGGCUUUAAAAAAGAUAAAGGAAAAUGAGAAAUAGAAAAGAAAUUAAAAAAACGAUCAGAUUGGAGAUAAAGGGAUAUAAAAUAAAUAGAAAGAGAAAUAACCAUUGAUUUUAGAUUUUACUGAAUUUUUAGCUAUGUAAUAAUAAGAGGAAUAAGAAUAAAAUUAGGAGGAAAUUAGAUUUCCUUUUGGUUAUGUAGAUUGUCUUAAAAGUUAUAAUUUAAAAGAUGGAUAAAAAAUAUAAAAUCUUUUAUUUGUAGUAGAGCCAGAAAGUUUUAAUGAGUAAUUAAUAAUAUAAUCUAUUAAAAAUAUGUAUUUUGAAUGGGUUAUAUAAUAGAAUAUUAAAGUCAAACGAAUUAGGGUUUAAGAAAGUAGCUAUUCCUAUAUUAUGUAUAAUUGAUAAAAAUUUUGAACCGAAAGUUUGGGCAUUUCAAUAUAAGAAAUCAUUUUAUGAUGUUUAAUAAUAAUUGAAACCCAACACUGAAUUAGAAAUUGUUAUAGUUUGUUUUAAUGAUGAUGUCCUUUAUGGAUUUUAAAAAACAUUUUAAUCCUCAGAGUUUGUCAAGACUACAAAUCAAUACAUAACUGAUGUUUAAAAUGUAGAAGUGAUCAUAAAUCCUGUAAAUUAAAAUAACCCACAUUUUGGAGCAAGUGGUGAUAUAAUUUAAAAGGCUGGAUCUGCUCUUGAAUAAGAUAUUAAAACAUAAGUAAAAAAAGGAAAGAGAUGGGUUUUAUCAAAGAGUUUUAGAUUAGAAGAGAAUAAUAUUAAAUAUGUUUUAACUUACAUAGGUCCUAUUGAUAAGAGAAUGUCAAGGGCAGAAAAAUUAUAAUACUUUUUUUAAAAAAUGUAAUUAUAUGAUUAGAAUGUAUAGAUUAUAAAUAUGUAAUGAUUAAUUAUAAGUUGAAUCUAUUUGUAUUCCAUUAUUAGCAAUACCAUAAGCAAUAUUUUAUUAGAACGAAACUCAAAAUUUUGUUUUAAAUAGAAUUGCAAUUUCAUUGAAGGAUGCAAUAUUAGAAUUUGAAAAGUAGAAUAAAAAACAUAAAUAUAUAAUGAUAUCUAUUUAGAAUGAUUAAAUGAGAGAAUUUUGUAUUUAAUUGUUUUCAUGA